AUGGGGGACCAGUUUCGUUUUCCGGAAGUUCUUCGAGUGCUGCUCUACGACGAUGAAUCAGAUGAGUAUGUUGAGACUGGAAAAGCUGCCUGUCAAAACUGUCUGACCUUGCUCACUGUUUCCGACGGAGACCAUGUUCGACGCCAUGUGAAAGAACGUUGCAAGCAAAGAAAAAGAGUUGUGGAAAAUACGGAAAACGAAAAAGAAGAAGAGCCGGUUUUUAAGAAUCGAAAAAUUUCUGAAUAUUCGACGAAAAAACUCAAAGAAUCUGAUCUCACCAAAAUCUACAAAGCUCUUUCGAAAUACUGUCUUAGAACCGGGCGAAGCUUUAAUCAUAUGAGCUCAGCUAUGAAAUCCCUCUAG